UACAAUUCCCGAUCGCGAAUUCGCGAUGCGCACGUGUAUCGCGCUGGAUCUGUCGACUACUGUCCGUGCCGAGACCCGAGUUGCUUUUUCUGCAAAUCCUUUUCCUAUAUUGAUCAAGUUUUCACAGUUUCAGAUAUUUGAAGACAAUGGAAAUUGUUAACUUGAAUGCAAUUGAGGAUGCAGCUCAGCGGAUCAAAGGUCAUGUACAUCUGACCCCGGUCAUGACCAGUGGAAUGAUGGACAAGAUGACUCCAGGAAGGAACCUUUAUUUCAAAUGUGAACUUCUCCAGAAGACUGGCUCAUUUAAGAUUCGGGGUGCCUUGAACGCAGUGUCAAGGCUUGUUGAAGGCGUGGCCGUGGAUCAGGAGAAGCCGAAAGUAGUCACUCAUAGCUCGGGGAACUUUGGUCAGAGUUUAGCCUAUGCUGCCAAGCUGAAGGGUCUCGAUGCGUACAUAGUGAUGCCAGAGACCGCUCCACAGUGCAAGGUCAAAGCAGUGAAGGGAUACGGAGCAGAAGUCAUCAGAUGCAGACCUACAGAGGAGUCGAGAAGGACAACGGGAGAGGAAGUGCAGAGAAGGACCGGAGCUCAUUUCUUCUCUCCAUCUCAGACGUAUGAUGUCAUAGCAGGUCAGGGUACCAUCGGUCUCGAGCUAUUGGAACAGGUAUCUGGUCUUGAUGCUGUAAUAGUACCGGUAGGAGGAGGGGGCAUGAUAUCUGGUAUCGCAGCUGCCGUGAAGAGCAAAAACCCAGCAAUCAAAGUCUUUGCAGCUGAACCGAAAAAUGCAGAUGACUGCUUCCGAUCAUUCCAAGCCAAGAAGUUAAUUCCUCUACCACCGGGCCCGGUGGACACUGUAGCUGAUGGCUUGAGGGUUUCUAUUGGAGAGUCUACUUGGCCAAUCAUUGAGAAGUAUGUUGAUGAUGUCAUCACGGUCACAGAAAAUGAGAUAAAGGAUGCAACCCGUUACAUCUGGCAGUUCAUGAAGCUCUUCAUCGAGCCGUCUGCUGGGGUAGGUGUGGCUGCAGCUCUCAGUCAGGAGUUCUCCCAAAAGUCCCAGGAUUUGAAGAAUGUAGCCGUCAUACUUUGCGGAGGCAACGUGGACGUGGACUCGGUUAAACAUUGGUUAUGAUCACAAGACACACACAGAUCUCCAGUGUUGAAGAGACUUGGUUAUCCAAGAACUUGAGAUGAUUUUUAUAAAUGAUCUUGGAAAUACUUCGAAUUAGGUCUUGAGUCUUCACUCCGUGAAAUUGACAACAUUGAACUCUUCAAGUCGUCCCUCAAAAAAACUCACUUAUUUCAGCAGAUGUGCAGUAAUAAGCUUAAUUGGAUGAGCCUGUGCCUAUGGAUGUUUUUAACAGAAAUAUGGUGCGAUAUAAAUGCUGUGGAUCAUCAUCAUGUAAAUUAUGCAAGCUGUAAUCUAUAUAUCACAAAAACUCCUCUGAACUGGAAAAUAAGACAAAUGAAUUUGGUUUUAUCUAGACUUCAUCACUUUCAGCAUGUUCAAUAUGCGGCAGAGUCUAUGAAUCGGAAGUAUUUGACUCCUGACUGAUGAAGAGACUGUGAUCAAGAUGAAGAGUUGACUUAUCUUGUUCUUUGAAGUGGAGGAUGAUAACACUGAAUUUUCCUUCACAGGAGCCGCAGUACCUGGGGUGGGGGAUGCCCCCACUCUUCAAUAAACGUUAUAGAAGUACAGUCUGCUCUAUUUAUUGUCGCUCAUCAGAUGCUGAGCGAACAAUGUUCAGUCUUUUGUUGAAAUGGCAGAAUAGGCAAAUGAAAUGUCUAAAUCAUGUUCAAAUAUGUGCAAUAUUCAUCUAAAUUAUUUUUUUUUUGCAUGGGGAGCCCCCCCCUUUCAAAACCAUUUUGUAGCCCCUGCCUAAAGGCAACCGCACACCUUACGAUUGGUCCGCGACCCGAUUUUGGAAUGAAACCUAGUAGAAUUUGAUGCUAAUAUUGAGACAUGGAAUAUCUUAAUGUGUAAUGUUCGAAACCAUCGUACGAAUACAUGUACCUAUGUUCAACUCUGUGACUAUGCUAUCAUCCUUAUAAUAAAAGCAAAUUUGAUAUCUAGUCGUAAUGACGUCAUAGAGCAGUCUUACGAUUGGCUACGAUUUGAAACUAAUUUGGCCUUUACUCCAAAAUAAAGGCUUGCAAUCUUUCAAAAUGGUUAUAUUAGUAUUCUUUCAAUUAAUUUUAACGUCAAAUAAAAUGAUAUGUUCCAUUCACAUUUUCAAAAAUGCGCAGAAUGCGAUUUGUUCCAAAAUCGCAUUGCGAAGAGUCCUAAGGUGUGCAGUGGCCUUUAUGCAUAAUAUAAUGAGACGGUAACCAGUGGUGUUUCAUUUUGAGUCACCCCAUCGGGAUGUGGCCAUACUGGCGUAAAUCGUUUUGUAUGCACAAAAAAAUCUUCCUCUAUUUCGUCAGAAACGCAGCAUCAAAGAAAAUCAUUGCCAAGACAAACACAAAAUUCAGCCCCUUAAAGUGAAUGAUAGUGGAGAAAAACACUGAAAAUAGGCUUAAAGUAGGUGUAGUAAAUGGUGAAUGUGUGUGAAAAGUGGAUAGUCCUACAUGUACAACAUACCUUUUGAGAUGAAUAUUAUUAAUACAGAGGAUGAAUUAGCUUAUAAUGAAGAGAAACUAACAUAUAUGAGAGGAAGAGUAACUAUUUUGCUACAUAACAUAAUUAUUGUGAUAUGAUUGUAUUGAGUAGAGAAUUGGUGUUAUCAUUCAAGUUGGCCUGUAUUACAAGACUACACUGCUAAGAAUAUUGCAUGAUGGGUAAUGAACCUGGUCAGAUAUGAGUAGUUGAGGACUUGAGGUGGCGCUAUAUAUUAAAGCUGCUGGUUCAUUUGCCCUUUAAUGUGUUCUGUUUUGUAGUCUGAGAACUAUUUGAAUUUACAAUACAUCACAGUCAAGAAAUUGCUUUAUUCCGAUGAUUCCUCAUUCAAAAUCUUAUUGUUAAUUUUAAAAAUGCUUUAUGAUUAUACUUUUUUGUACUACUGCAGGGACUUUUAAAUUGUAUAUAUGAAUAAAUCUGAUGUUGGAUUGUCACUCAAAUUACUUUAACAUUCAGGAAAUCAGUUGUGCAUGAGUUACAUUAAUUCAUCUGAUUACUAAUUGAGGAAUAAAAGAAUUAUUUUAAGCUGA